AUGGAUCAUUCAUUAGCGAAUCGACUUGGCAAUGACGUCAUUGAAUUUGCAGCACAUACAAGUGCUCAUGGAAUUCCGCGUGCCUAUGUCGCAAAUGGAUGUCGUCGUUUUUUGUGGAUGGGUUUAUUCUCAGCUUGUUUUGCCACUUUUCUCUACCAAGCUUAUUUGAUUAUUGUACGAUUCAAUCGAAAUGAUAUAAUUGUGAAUGUUGAGAUCAAGUAUAAAGAUAUCGCUUUUCCGUCGGUGACCGUCUGCAAUUUGAACCCAUAUAAAACAUCGAAAGCUCUCGAGUUUGGCGGUGUUAAAGAUACGCUAGAAUCUUUGAACAAAGCAAUGAAAGCGAAAAAUCUCGAAUCGCCAAGAUUGAGGAGAGCUUUGGGUGAAUCACCAAUCAAUCUAUCCAUUCACUCACUCAUUCCCCAAGCUGCAUCGGUCUACUGUAGCCGAAUCUCGACAAAUGCCACCGACUAUGAACCGAGAGUGAACGGUGAUGAGAAAUGUAUUUGUGCCUCAUUUCCCACAAAUUUUCUUUACUGGAAAUGUCGUCUUGAAGAGAAAUGGAGCUCAGAGUUGUGUGAAUGGAAAAAUGAGAGUCUGUUGGUGGGAAACACUCACACAAAUCUUCAUCCAUGUUUCUGUUUGGAUGGGUUUUGCAUUCAGGAUAGUCAAGUUGCAGAGAUCAUUCCAACUGAACCGUUGCCAAUCUCAACGAGAAAAUGCAAGUAUUCAUCAAAUGAGACUUGUCUUUGCGUUGGUUCAUCUUCUCAAAGAAUUGAAAUUUCAUCGAUGUAUUGUGCCCCAUUCGCGAAUUGGUCUAUGCACACUUGUGGUUUAUGUGAUUGGUCCGGUCGUUGCUCGAAAUCAUUGAGUCUUUCGGAUGGAGACACACAAUGUUUGUGUCAUCAAAACCGCUGCUUUCAAAUAGAAUCUCAAGAAAAACUUGAAUCAGUGCAUGAGAAGGAGACGACAAAGAGAUCGAUUCGAAUUCGCCGCCACAAUCGUCGAAUCUACGAAAAAAUCCUUGCCAAUUAUGAUGGUUUAUUGGCUGUUUACACUUCUUGUGAUCGACAAGGGAAUGAAUGGAAAGCUUUGAUGGAAAAAGACUCGAACCGAAGCACUUGCCUCUGUUUUUACAAUAAAAAGAAUGGGAUUGUUUGGCCUUGUUAUUUGCCGGUUGAUUGGAAAGAAAAAAAGUGCACUAGCUGUGUCACUUUUGGCAAUUGUGAUUACUCGGAUGAUCCAAAAGCUGCAUUUGACUGUCUCUGUGCAAUGCCGAUCAAGCUUUGUGUUAAAAUUGAACCACCAAAUGGGAACACAACUGCUUUAGUUGAACGAGUUGUCCCAUAUUGGGAAAUUCUCCCAACAACAACAAUUUCACCAAUUCAAAAGAAGAAAGAAGAGACGGAAAGAGCUUACAAUUAUGUGGCUUCGGAUCCGGUUGCUCUCAACACUCAAGCAAAAGAAAAUGUGAUUUUUGUUUUGGACAAAUUGACACCACUCGAAAGAUCCCAGAUCAGUUACACGAAAUUCGAAUUCAUCACUCGAUGCUCCUUCAACGGCCGUGAUUGCAACAUUUCACAUGAUUUCUCGCACUACCUCGACCCAAUCUAUGGUACUUGCUUCACUUUUAAUCAUGAUCCAAGACAAUCGAAUCUUACAAGUGAAAGAGCUGGGCCUAAUUACGGAUUAAGAUUUCAAGUUUUUGUCAAUAUCGAAGAAUACAUGCCAACCACAGAAGCUGCUGGAGUUCGAUUGACUGUACAUUCAUCCGAUGAACAACCAUUUCCCGAUACUUUGGGCUAUUCAGCUCCAACUGGUUUCGUUUCAAGUUUCGGAAUUCGAAUGAAACACAUUUCCCGUCUUCCAUCACCAUAUGGAGAUUGCGUGAAAAACGGAAAAGAUGAGAAUUUUAUCUACACGACAAAGGAGUAUUCAACUGAGGGAUGUCAGAGGAGUUGUGUUCAACAGCAUUUUGUCAAAAAAUGUGGUUGUGGCGAUCCACGUUAUCCAAGAUGGAAUCACAGCCAUUCAUGUCCUGUUGAUGAUGAGUUAAAAAGAAAAUGUCUUCACAGAGAAACCGAAUACGCUGCAAAGAAUAUUGAGAAAUUGAAAUGCAAAAAGUGUCGACAACCAUGCAGCCAACAAGUUUUUUCGAUCUCAUAUUCGGCAUCUCGAUGGCCAGCUACACUUGCAAAUAGGAACGAUUGUCCAAAAGGCUUAAACGAGCAGCAAUGUCUAAACUAUCUUCGCGAACAAGGAGCGAUGAUUGAGGUAUUUUUCGAGCAACUCAACUACGAAGCUCUUCAAGAAUCUGAAGCUUACGGGUGGAUUAAUCUCUUAUCAGAUUUUGGUGGUCAACUCGGUCUUUGGAUGGGUGUUUCGGUGAUUACAAUUUCGGAAGUAGGACUUCUUGUGCUCGAUAUCGUUUUCUCACUAUUUGGAUUCAAGAGGAAAAGCAAUGGAAGAAGUCAAAUGCCCCACAAUCGUUCCCCCUCAUCUGCAUCUCUUAAACGUGCAUUCACUCAUCAAACUGUCCCUCAAAAGACAACAAAAUACACCAAUGGCACAACACUCCUUGAAAAACAGGUUCCCGCAGUCCACUCAAUGUUUACGACUGAUUUUCCCCAGGACAAU